AGCUGUGUGUUGUGAAUGUCCAGACCUGCUCGACGGCAGCACCUUUAUCUGCCUGGGAUGGGUGACGUCACACGAGCGCAGCGGCGUCUGCGAUGAAAAAAAAAAGAAAAAAAAGAAAAACGAUGAAAAAAAAAUUCUGCCCAUAAGUGAUCGGGUAUCUGGAAUGUUUUUUCUUUCACAAUUUCCAGUUCUGACCACUUCCAAAUAUGGAUUGACCGUAGGCUGUGUGAGCGUUACUUAUAUGUACAUAUUUUUGGGCACCAAGCAACAUUUUUUUUUCUGCCAACCCAUAUUCUAUAUUAUUUGUUAAUGGCAUUCUUGCAAUGGGAACAAUUUAAAUGAAUUUCCAACAAGAGUGUGAAACGUCGCAACUUAAUGAUAUGUAAAGCUGUAUUUCACUCUCAUGCAAACAUGAAACUGUGAAGUAUUUGAAUUUACAGCAGACAUUUUUCUAAUACGCAGAGAUCAUUAUAGAUUCUGUGAAUGUCCCAUGAAUGUAUUGAUCAUAUUUCCACAGGAGGACUUCUAUCAUUCAUGAUGAUUAUAGGAUUCAUUUUUAAAAUCGAAUUUCUUUUGCAGGAAAGAGCCGAGACAAAAAACUUUUCAAAUAUUUUCCCUCUAAUGAAUUCCUCUGGAUUAUGUAUAUGAUAACUUCUUUUUUGGGGGGACUGGUUAAAUGGCAUCUUUAGAGUCAUGUCACACUCAAAUUUUUCUUUAUGUUUUAUUAUAUCGAUUAAUUAUUGGUAACUUAUCCUAACAGGUCUCCUUCAGAAAACUUUCCAUGACCAAUAUUGCAUGGAGCAAAAAGUUACGCUUCAUAAAAUUAUGACUGUGCGAAACCCCGGCGGGUCGUCUGACCGACGUCCAGCUGAAACAGCGGCCGGAUGUUGCCAGCAGAUGAACCCCGAAGGGAAAGUCUGACGUGACUUUAUCUUUACCGUCACCCCUGUGUCAUGACUUGAGAAAGUCGCAGGAGAGGUUGGUCUGUAUUUUUACGCGCCCUCGUGUGGACGUGGUCGGUGCGCAUUUGGAGUGGAACGUGGAAAGCCGUCGUCAGAUGCAGCGUUCCCCCUGCUGACUCAAAAGAAUAGCCGGACUCUUGCUCGGAGACCUGACGUUUGGUGCCAUUGAGCUGCCCGAGCCUCCUGACUGCCGGGUGUGCAGACACUGCACCGCCGAGAAGCACCUCCUCCAUCUCUACCCCGGCAGUGGUGGAGCGUUAUUGUCUCAUUCAGCAUGAAACAUAUGUCAGGGUUUCGGAGUUGAUCCCGAACUACGGUCAAAAGGCUCCGAACGCUUCAGUUGGAGACUGGGAUGUUCUCCUGAGUUAAACUUCACACAUUGACGAAGGCUUUUCAGAGAAUUGCUCACCAGACGAGACAUAAUGGCUUCGAAUAUAAUUGUGGAACAGCAGUUUUCUCACAAAUUCACAGUGACUGUGGUUCGGGCUGAGAGCGUCACCAAGGGAGCGCUUGGUGAUCUCCUGGACACCCCCGAUCCAUAUGUGGAGCUGUUCAUCCCGACAGCCCCAGAGAGCAGAAAGAGGACCAAGCACAUAGACAACGACAUCAACCCAAAAUGGAACGAGACCUUUCACUUCAUAUUAGACCCCAACCUGCAGAACGUCCUGGAGUUAACGCUAAUGGACGCCAAUUAUGUGAUGGAUGAGACGAUUGGGACGGCGUCCUUCGACAUAACCAAGCUCAAAGUGGGCCAAACAAAGACGGAGGCGAUCCUCAUUGGCAAAGCAACCAAAGUAUACUUAGAGAUGUCGCUAGAGAUCUGCACCAAACUGGACCUGCGGUUCAGCCUGGCCCUGUGUGACAAAGAGAAAGAGUUCAGACGGACCCGCAGGGAGAGGGUGAUGCUGGGCAUCAAGAAGCUGCUGGACAUGGAGAAGCCUCGUUUCCUCCCCAGCUCUCCAGAGGAGGUACCGGUGAUAGCGAUAGCAGGCUCAGGGGGCGGAUUCCGUGCCAUGGUCGGCUUCGCGGGUGUCAUGAAGGCCCUGUUCGAGUCUGGGGUUCUGGACUGCGCCACCUAUGUCGCCGGCCUCUCCGGUUCCACAUGGUACAUGUCCACUCUCUAUUCCCACAAUGACUUUCCAACUAAGGGCCCAGUGGACAUCAACAAGGAGCUGAAGAGUAGAGUUAGCAGUAGCCCCUUUAGGCUCUUGAUGCCCCAACACAUCACAAACUACAUCCAGGCCCUGUGGAGCAAAAAGGCCUUGGGGCAGCCGGUGACCUUUACCGAUAUCUUCGGCAUGCUCAUAGGCGAGACGCUCAUACCUGCGAGGAUGCACAUCAAGCUGAGUGAAAUCCAGGAGAAAAUAAACCAGGCACAGAGUCCCCUUCCACUCUUCACGUGUCUGCAUGUCAAGCCAGAUGUUUCGGAGCUCAUGUUUGCAGACUGGGUGGAGUUCAGCCCAUAUGAGAUCGGAAUGGCAAAGUAUGGUACCUUCAUGACCCCGGACUUGUUUGGGAGCAAGUUCUUCAUGGGAACUGCUGUGAAGAAAUACGAGGAAAACCCUCUUCAUUUUCUGAUGGGUGUGUGGGGAAGUGCCUUCUCGAUUCUGUUCAACCGAGUGCUGGGAGUCAAGGACACCGUUGGUGGCAGCACCAUGGAGGAAGAGUUAGAGCAGAUCAAACCUCAGCACAUUGUUGGAGAAGACAGUAUGGACAAUGACGACGAGCCGCGCAAAGCCGGGACAGAGAACCAGGAGGCGGAGGACGAUUUUAAUCGCACCGCCAAGGCCAGCUGGGCCCAGCGAAUGUUCACGUCCAUCUUCAGUGAAUCUUCCUUGUUCAACACGAGAGAGGGCCGGGCCGGCAAGGUGCACAACUUCAUGCUGGGCCUCAACCUCAACACCAGCUUCGCUUUCUCCCCGGCCGGUGAGGUCACGUGUCACGCUCCUCCACCUGAGGAGGAGGUGGAUGCCGUCACAGACCCGGACGAGUUUGAUCGCAUCUACGAGCCUCUGGAUGUGAAGAGUAAGAAGAUCCAUGUGGUGGACAGCGGCCUGACCUACAACCUCCCCUACCCUCUCAUCCUUCGGCCGCAGCGUGGCGUUGACCUCAUCAUCUCCUUCGACUUUUCCGCGAGGCCGAGUGACUCCAGCCCGCCGUUCAAAGAGCUUCUGCUUGCGGAGAAGUGGGCUCGGAUGAACAAGCUCCCGUUCCCCAAGAUCGACCCCAAAGUCUUUGACCGCGAGGGCCUGAAGGAAUGCUACGUCUUCAAACCAAAGAAAGGAGAAAAGAACUGCCCGACGAUCAUCCACUUCGUCCUGGUCAACAUCAACUUCAGGCAAUUCAAAGCGCCGGGUGUUCCCAGAGAGACCGAGAAGGAGAUGGAGUUGGCAGAUUUUGACAUCUUCGACGACCCAGAAUCGCCCUUCUCCACGUUUAACUUCCAGUACUCCAACGAGGCCUUCACCCGACUGCAUGACCUCAUGGAGUUCAACACUCUCAACAACCUGGAGGUUAUCAAGGAAGCCAUCAAGGACUGCAUUGUGUCCCGGAAGGAGAACCCCUCAUGCCGCUCCCUUUCCUUCUCCCUCAGUGAGAUCCCCAAUAAGAAGUUCCUGAGAAGAGAUCCUCGCCCGAAACCUUGGGAUCGCCUGGGAAACGAUAACAAGUAGCCCCGUUUGCCUGUUCGGCUAAAUCGGAGACGACGGGAUUUCGCAGACUUUAGGGAUUUUUAUAUGUAGAUUCUGUCUUAACGUAAAUCAUUUUCUUUUUGGAAAGUGCGAUCGUGUUGAUCUCUCCCCCCUCGGUGCUUUUAACCGGGAGGAUUUGUUUAACUCGGAUUUGAGACAAAUGUCGGUAAAGAGCCUCAAUGUUCCCGGUUGCAUUCAUACACAACAGAGUGAGAUUAUUAAUCUGGCAUUAUUUGCACCAGUGUGACUGCUGUAGGUGUGUGUUGACCACAAACGGCUGACCGUUGCUUUCCCUGCCGGCUGCGAGAAAGACAGGAUGUCGAACACCCGGCAGGGCGACUGGACGGUCACGGCGAACAUCUGGCUGCAUCACAAACACAGGAAGAAGAAGACGACUGUGAAAUCUACCUUCCGCUCGUGAUAUUUACUGAGAUUUUCCGGGACUAUUCCAUCUCUUAGCUCUUUGUGUUUGAAAUAUAAGCGUGCUGCUCCUCCACCUCACUUUGUUGCAUCGUGUGAAAUUUCUUCACCAGCUUCAACAUUCCCAGCACUUGGCUUCGGUCCAUGCUGCCUAGAGCAAAGCUCCAUUUUGCAUCUCUGAAUUUUUUUUAUGGCGCUGGGCUGUUUCUAAAUUUCGCUGUGAGCCGUGCGAAUGCUCUUAUAAAAAAAAAAAAAGAAGGUCUUACCUGUGCUGCAGCCGUAGCUGAACUCGUGCGACUUUGCCAUGCAAAUCACCUUUUUUUUUUCUCCCUUUCUUCUUCUUUUCUUUCCGUAUCUGUUUUUAAACCGGAUGGCUCGUCAAAACAUGUAACCCUGCUUGAAUACAUGGAAGAGGCGCUCGUAACCAUGGUUUUGUUUGAUGACACCUCCUAAACACGCCGAGUGCACCCCCCCUCUGGAUACCUCAAACAUCUCAGUGAUGUUUACCCACCGACAGGGAAGGAGCACUCCCUGCUCCCCUGGAGGGAGUGUCUCACAUUAAAGCCACCAUUUUGGAACAACAAAACCUGACACCAUAGAAACGGCCGCGCAUCUUUUUAUCCCUCGCUCUCUUUUCCCGUAUCCCGCCGGGGGGACGAGGUUCUGGUUUUUGUUCUUCUUCCCUGACCAUGUUGUUUCAGGCUGCCUUUGAGAUACAGCCAACUCGUCGCGGGGUUCCUCAGGACCCCCCCCCCCGUAGGAUGACGGCAAGUUUGGGCUGAAAAUGGUGGCUCUCUGCUGUACUCAGUGGAAUUUGACACACUACACCUACACCUGCAGCAGUGGAGACCUGGAAUCUGACACACUACACCUACACCUGCAGUGGCCCAGAGGCUGCACACAGAACAGUGGAAUUUUACACUCAAGUGCUUCCGACCUCCAUACGCUCAAAUUUCAGCCCCGCUGGUUUGGAAGAAUUUUGUUCCGCAGUCUUGCAUCUGCAUAGAUUUUUAUUUUUUUUUUAGCAACUGGCUUUGUAUAGUUUUUUCCGUAGUCAAAUAGCAUUCCUCUUCUCUCUUUAGAAAUUGUUGUACAUAUUCUAUUCCAUUUAUUUGAUAGCACUAGUCUCCAAUCUGUCUGUUGCCUGCGGAAAGCUGGAAAGUCCUGACGUCACGCCUGGGCUAUUCCACAAGCUUCACUUACUCAAUAUUAAAGAUUGACACUCAAACAAAGUCAAAUUAAUAUUUUGCGAGGACAGAAAAAAAACAACACCUCCUUUUAAUGUCGAUUUUUUUUUUUUUCUCAUCGUGUCAACGAAAUUCACCAACGCUCACUUCUGAAGUCGUUGUUUUCAGUUAGCUACCGGCUGUAGUUUCGACUCGUCUGUGUCUGCAGGAACAUACGAAAACUGGAAGUUGAAUAAAGUUACUUUCGGACAGAGGAGGCUGGCCAGCGGUUGCCCCUUUGUUUUCAGCCGAUACGCUAAGCAGCUGCUGGUAGAAUUAUUAACAUCGGAUACGAGAUCUUUCCAUCUAGGGCAAUUCAUUAACAAAUAAUAAUAAUAAUAAUUCUCUAAAAUAUUGAAAUAUUUCUUCAAGACAGAGUUCAUACAGCAAAUCAAGCAAUGAUCAUUUAAUGAAUCUCAAUCUCUAUCAUGUUACAGUUUUGUAGUCUUUGUAGUUUGACAUGGGUUCAUUUAGAAUGAACGUGAACUGAUGCCGUUUUCUUUUGUACAUUUCUGUCAUAUUAUAUUUUAUGAUCUUUACACGUUUACACAAAAUGCUUAACAAGUCAGUUCUAGAAAAUCAAGACAUGUAUAGAAAUCUGUAUUAUAGCUGGCCAAGCAUGACACACAUAAUGGUCAAGUGAAUAAAGAGAAAAUAAUAAAAGAGAGAAUUUA